AUGAUUCUUCUUGCCCGCCGAGUACCUUAUUUCCUGGAGCGCAUCAACAACUCAGAAGGCAGUCGGUCACGUAAGAAGGACUUCAUUCCACGAAGUUGUCCUCGACGUGUGGGUUCAAGCCGCACAGCCAAUGCUUACACCCUGGCAAGCCCGAGGCGACAUAUAAUUUCGCAAGCUCAGGGCGAGAAAAGGUCUCGCCCGCAGUAG